AUGAGAAUUGGAAGGGGAUGUGAACCUUGUCGCUUAGAUCCGCCUUUUCGUUUCAAAUCUGUCCGUCAUGUUUACCAGAAGAGCAAUGGCACGGCAUCCAAGUUUGAGCUGGUCUGGGACUCCCAGCAGACUUGGGUGAAGGUCCCUCACUCGUUGACCUUCGUGCACGAAUCAUCUGACGACUCUGACGAUGACAAUACAAGCGACAUUCCACCGGUCCGUCAAGGGGAUGACCAUGCCCCCUCAAAUGAGACGCCGCAAGACAUCCCACAGUCCUAUACUUUUUCUUUCCCUCCAUCAUCUUCACUUUGCAUGGAAGCUAACAUUCUUCAGGCCGACAUCUGCGACCUCCGUUCUCACUUCGGGACCGAGGUCCCUCGCCGCGCUCUCCGAUAUCCGAUGGUUCUCAAAGCUGUCCUCGCCCUUGCAGCUCGACAUGACGCCAUUGUAAAAGGGGCCAGUGAUUGGGAAGCAUCAGAGUACCACGGCCAAUGCCUCGAACUCCUGAUCGCAGCUCUCGCCCUUCCAGAAGAGACCUACGAUGACAACCUCCUCUUCACGGUUGUGAUCCUACGGAUGUACGAAGAACUCGAGCUUGCGACCGACGAGAAGUGCCACUGGGUCGGAUCCAAUCGACUUCUCAACCGGAUGUCUAAUUCUGCGUCCUCGGGCGGGCUCGCUGAAGCCGUGAGCUGGCAGUUCCUUCGCCAGGCCAUUUACGCCUGCGUCGUGCAGCACCAACCGAUGCAACUCAACUUGGCAAACUAUGAGCGUUCCGUUGUUUUCCGGCGGCGCGAUGACGCUUCCUAUGCGAAUGUCAUUAUCUUCUACUGCGCCAAGAUCUUGCGGUUGUGGUCAGGCUCGCACUGCAGUCCUGUUGACGAGACGGAGUGGCAGCAUCUGGUCGACAGCGUGGAGCAAUGGUACCACGCGCGACCGGUCAGCUGGCAGCCACUCCAGUACAAGGAUGCGAAUCCGCACGAGAAUCGCCCGUUUCCUGAGAUGUGGAUGAUCUCGCCGCAGGCGGCCGUGGGACUGCAAUAUUAUCAUACGGCGUGCAUCUUUCUGAGUGCUUCCGACCGACACUGGAGUGUAGUCAGUGACUACGAGCUUGCACGACUCAAGCGCGUAGAGGAGAGAACAAUCUCCUCCCACCUCGUCAAGGUCGUCGGCCUCUCGAUGUCCAACGAGACCGUGGAAAACGCAUACUUCAUGGCCUGCCAUCUUCUUCAUCGCUGUACCUCCAGCACAACAAUAACUUCGCAGGCCGAUGCCGACAACCGUCUCUCCUCCUGCUCCACCAUCCACGGCACCUUGACCAUCUCCCCGUCCGUUACCGGCACCAUCACCCUCAAACAGCUUGAGACGCUCAACGCAGGUCUAACCAUCCAAAAUGCCUCCGCGCUGACGGCUUUCUCCGCGGCGAACCUCGAAACCGUCAACGGGCAGUUUUCCAUCAAGAAUAAUGCUCAGUUGAGCACCCUGACGUUGUCAAAUUUGCAAAAGGUCAGCGGAGAGCUGGAUGUCGAGGACAACUCCCAGCUCAGAGAUUUGGUGUUGGAUGAUUUGCAGUAUGUGAACGGAGCGUUGGUCCUGGGUGGGAAAUUUGAUCGGAUAUCAUUUAGCGAUCUCAAGCAUGUCAACGGCAAGACGAAUAUCCGGUCGCGCGGAGGAUCAUUUCGCUGCUCGAGUUUGGCUUCCCUCCGGAGUGAAGAUGGUGACGACGAUGACGACGACGACCACAACAAUAACAGCAACAGCAAUGGCGUGUUCAGGGGAUCUUAUAGCUGCUCCGACGGCUCCAGCAGCGGGCUAAGUUCGGGAGCCAAAGCGGGCAUUGCGAUCGGCGUGAUCGUGCUUGUUCUGCUGAUUUUCCUCCUAGUAUGGGUACUGAUGCGUCGGAACCGAUCACGGCGCAAACGGCGGAACGCGGCCCAAGACGAGGGCAAAUCUGGAUACGCGGCUGUUGGAGUAGGGUUGUCGCAUGAUCGCAAGAUCUCAAAUAUGGAGGAGAAACUGAAACCUCGAGUGUCGGAACCGCAUGAGCCCGAACAGACGAUCAAUCUGAAUAACAUCCCACGGAAACCACUCUCGCCGCCUCCACCAUCGUUGUCGACCGACGCACGUCGCACAAUUUCAACAAUCUCGCCAUCUUCUCCCCCGGUACCGGCUGCUUUGAUCCCCGGCACAGAAAGCUCGUCCAGCUCUGUUCCGACGUCUGAUGACCAAAACGCGUUGUUCCUGCAUACCAUCCCCCGACGGAGGCCAUCUGAAACGGACGUCCCGUUAUUGGAUAGUGGGAACGUGCAUGAAGUACCGGCCAGUCCGGUCGCGCAUAGAGGAUUGUAUGAGUUGGACGCUGGGCCUGUGCGAGGGACGCACCAGCAACCGAUCAACCACGAGUAAUCAACUCAUUGUCGCGUAUGACGGCGCGUGACGAAGCAUGAUUGACGAGACUUCCGGAAACUGUUGGUCAGCACGACCCAACAAAUAUACCCUGAGAUAGCGAACAUAACGAAACAGCAGUCCAUCAUCUAACUGUACAAUUAGAUUGCAAUUG